CUGGAGUGUCUGACUCUGUCUCUGCUUCCACACGGCGAUGGGGAUUACUCCUUAUCUCUGUGUCCUCCUGCUCUGUCUGACAGGUAUCCGCUCUCAGAUCGUGCUGACACAGCCUGAGUCAGUUGUGAAAAAGCCGGGGGAGUCUGUCAGACUGACCUGUACAGUGAGUGGGUUCAGUCUGGAUGACAAAUGGAUGCACUGGGUGAGACAGGCCCCUGGGAAAGGGCUGCAAUGGUUACUUGAUUACAAGCAAGGUCAAAACAGUGAUUACGCGCCUGGAAUUCGAGGUAGAUUCGUCCCUUCAAGAGGCUCCACUACAGUCGCCUACCUCGACAUCAGCCAGUUGACAGUGGACGACACCGCCUUGUAUUACUGUGCCAGACGAGCACCGUGGUAUUAUCUUGACUACUGGGGGAGCGGGACCUUCCUGGAAGUGACUUCAGAUGUCCAGGUCAAACCUUCAGUUUAUACUUCCAGUACUUACUGUGAGACAAGCUCCAACCAAGAUGAGAUCAGCCUCCUCUGUCUAGUCAAGGAUUUUCAGCCCAAGAGCAUCGAUCAGACAUGGUCCAGUGACAAUGGAGUGAUCACAACUGGAGUCAUGAACUAUCCAGCAGUCUUGGGGCAAAAUAUGACGUACACAAUGAGCAGUGUGAUCAAAGUCUCUGCAAGAGAUUGGAAUGCCAACAAGGUCUACCAUUGCAAAGCGGGUUACAAGUCAAAUGAAAUGGUGACAGCCGAGUUCAAAAAGCCUACACCUCAAGCUCCCCACGUCUUCUCUGUUGUUCCAUCUCCGGAGGUUGUCUACAAUCAAACUACUGCUGCCCUGGGGUGCAUGCUAUCUGGAUUCUAUCCUGACAGUGUACAGGUUUCCUGGUUUAAAGCUGGAGUGCCCCAGUCAGGUACCAAACUCCCUUCCAAAAAGGGAAAAGGCAAUAUGUUUGAAACAGUCUCUUAUCUGACUGUCCAGGUGGCAGAUUGGAAGAAAGGGGAUAACUACAUUUGUGAAGUGACCCAUGAGGCUACAAACUUCAAUAUCAGGAUCAAAAUGUCGUACCAAGAGGAAAUGUCUGUCUUUCUCCAAAAUCCUUCCAAAGAAGAGCUUUGGAUCAACAAGACUGCUACCCUGGUGUGUACAGUAGUCUGUUCUGAUCCCAGCCAGGUCCGGAUCACCUGGAAUGUAAAUGGGAAGCAGAGAAGUGAAGGGGUUAUAGCUCAGUCACAGAGAGAGGAAGGCACCCAAUACAUCGUCAUCAGCCAAUUCCGUACCACAGCAGAAGAGUGGGAGAACGGGAUGGAGAUUAUGUGUUCUGCUCAAAAUGGUCCCUCAUCCUCACCAGUUACAAAACGGUCGCAGAGUGUAAGAGUUCCGCCAAAACAGCCAGAGAUCAGACUGCUGCCUCCUUCAGCCCAAGAGAUCAAGAAUCAGAGCAGAGUUACACUCGAGUGUGUGAUCACUGGAUUUUACCCAGACAGCAUACAGGUCUCCUGGAAGAAGGAUGGCAGCCUGAUCUCCUCCAACACCCGUGCUGGUCCCACUGCUCUGGAGCAGACAGGGACAUUCAGUGUCAGGCACUACCUGAGUGUGAGCACAGAGGAGUGGGGGAAAGGCUCAGUCUUCAUCUGUGCAGUGAAUCAUCCACCCUCUAACUUUAACAGCAGCAAGGAGGUGAAGAAUGUCCAAGAAAUAUCAGUUUUUAUUCGCAAUCCUUCCAAGGAAGAGGUUUGGAUCAACCGGACUGCUACCGUGUUGUGUACGGCAGUCUGUUCUGAUCCCGGCCAGGUCCAGGUCACCUGGAAUGUGAAUGGGAAGCAGAGAAGUGAAGGGGUUACAACGCAGCAACAGAAAGAGGAAGGCGCCCAAUACAUGGUCAUCAGCCAUCUCCGAACCACAGCAGAGGAGUGGGAGAACGGGAUGGAGGUUGUGUGCUCUGCUCAGAGUGGUUCCUCCUCUUCUCCCGUGUCAAAACGAACAAGGAGCAUAAAAGUUCUGCCAAAACAGCCAGAGAUCAGACUGCUGCCUCCUUCAGCCCAAGAGAUCAAGAAUCAGAGCAGAGUUACACUCGAGUGUGUGAUCACUGGAUUUUACCCGGACAGCAUACAGGUCUCCUGGAAGAAGGAUGGCAGCCUGAUCUCCUCCAACACCCGUGCUGGCCCCACUGCUCUGGAGCAGACAAGGACAUUCAUUGCCAGGCACUACCUGAGUGUGAGCACAGAGGAGUGGAGGAAAGGCUCAGUCUUCAUCUGUGCAGUGAAUCAUCCACCCUCCAACUUUAAAAGUAGCAAGGAGGUGAAGAAUAUCCAAGAAAUAUCAGUUUUUAUUCGCAAUCCUUCUAAGGAAGAGGUUUGGAUCAACCGGACUGCUACCGUGUUGUGUACGGCAGUCUGUUCUGAUCCCGGCCAGGUCCAGAUCACCUGGAAUGUGAAUGGGAAGCAGAGAAGUGAAGGGGUUACAACGCAGCAACAGAAAGAGGAAGGCGCCCAAUACAUGGUCAUCAGCCAUCUCCGAACCACAGCAGAGGAGUGGGAGAACGGGAUGGAGGUCGUGUGCUCUGCUGAGAGUGGUUCCUCCUCUUCUCCCGUGUCAAAACGAACAAGGAGCAUAAAAGUUCAGCCAAAAACUCCCAAAGUCAGACUGCUGCCUCCUUCAGCCCAAGAGAUCAAGAAUCAGAGCAGAGUUACACUCGAGUGUGUGAUCACUGGAUUUUACCCGGACAGCAUACAGGUCUCCUGGAAGAAGGAUGGCAGCCUGAUCUCCUCCAACACCCGUGCUGGCCCCACUGCUCUAGAGCAGACAGGGACAUUCAUUGCCAGGCACUACCUGAGUGUGAGCACAGAGGAGUGGAGGAAAGGCUCAGUCUUCAUCUGUGCAGUGAAUCAUCCACCCUCCAACUUUAACAGCAGCAAGGAGGUGAAGAAUAUCCAAGAAAUGUCUAUAUUUAUCCGAAAUCCUUCUAUUGUGGAGAUUUGGAUCAAUAAGACUGCUACUGUGGAGUGCACAGUGGUCUGUUCUGAUCCAAGCCAGGUUCAGAUCUCCUGGGAAGUGAGCGGUAAGAAGAGACAUGAAGUGAUUAAGACUCAGCGGCUAAUACAAGAAGGAAGCUUACCCACGGUCAUCAGUCAACUCCAAACCAGUGUUGAGGAGUGGGAGAGUGGGGUCGAUUUUGUGUGCUCUGCCCAAAGUGCUUCCUCAUCCUCACUGAUGUCAAAGAAAAUACGUGGAGUAAAAGUUGAGCCAAAAAGUCCCAAGGUCAGACUGCUGCUUGUACCACCGCAAGACAGCAAGGAUAAAAACACAAUCACAUUUGUGUGUGUGAUCACCGAGUUCUACCCGGACCUCGUAAACGUCUCCUGGGAGAAAGACGGCACUCUGAUCUCCUCCAACACCAGCGCUGGACUGACUGCUCUAGAACAGGCACUGACAUUUCGUGUCAGGCAUUACCUGACUGUGAGUGCAGAGGAGUGGAGGAAAGGCUCAGUUGUUGUCUGUACAGUGUUUCAUCCCUCCUCCAAUUCCACCAUCAGUGCCAGACUGAAGAACAUCGAAGAUGAAUGUUUGGAUUCCAGAAUCUUGGUCACCAUAAGCAAGCCUCCAUUUGAAGAGAUCUGGAGGAACAGAACAGCAACCAUUCUUUGUGAAGUACUACACACUGAUUUAGAGGGAGUCAGGGUAACCUGGAAAGUUGAUGGAAUCAUGAGACAAGAUGGAGUGAAGACCCAGGGUCCCAAGAAGGAUGGACAUAAAGAGAUCAUCUUCAGUAGACUUACAGUCCCUGCUACAGAGUGGGAGAGUGGGGUAGAGUGUAUGUGUUUGGUGGAGGACAGAAGUUUACCAACGCCAGAGAAGAGGUCAAUCAGGAAAGCCCAAGUUGAUGUUAAGACUCACCCUCAAGUCUUUCUCCUGCUCCCUUCACCGGAUGAGAUGGAGACUGCUCACACUGCGACCCUGGUUUGCCUGGUCACUGGAUUCUCUCCCGCAGAGAUCGACCUGGUUUGGAUGGCCAAUGAUACCCUUCUGAAGACAGGGUUCAUGCACCAGCCAGUGACUGAGGACGGCAGAGGUGGCUGGAAUUCAGGCAGUCACUUGACGGUCUCUGCAGAGGAGUGGAACAGCGGCACCACGUACUCCUGUGUGGUGGGACACGAGUCAGUUACAACAAAUGUGUUCAGAAGCAUUAAUAAAUCUCACAGUAAAGCCAACCUGGUUAAUGUCUCACUUGUUCUAACUGAUAGCUAUAACUCCUGUUCAUAACAUCUGCUGAUUUAUACAAUCAUCCAUUUAUAUAAUCCCUGUAAAUGGAUGGUUAACACAACCAGAAAACCGUUGUGAGCACAUUGAAACCUCUCUUCUGGUAGCAAUGUGCUUCAAACAUGAACGAAUUCCAACAUUGCUCAGAACUUGAGAGUAAAAAUAAAUCUUCAAAUCAGCCAACAUUGUUUUCUCCAAAUACCUGAGAUCCUCAGGUUUUUUGUGUGCUGCUCCUGAAUAUGUAUGAAAUAUGUGUGAAACUCCGCAGAAUGUUAAUUGUAUACCAAUGUACUGAUCAA